GUAACACCUCAUAAGGGACCGCUUAAGCGUAGAAGCCCGCGGCAAAGCAAACUUGGCUUUAUAUCGACUGGUGUGCGUUCAAUGUGAAUUGGUUCCCAAUUACAUGAAGAAGGAUGGGUACGAUCUGGUGUGUCUUGCUUGCAUCGGUGCUUCGGGCUGUGCAAGGUGCGGUUGUGGGCGACAGCCAGUGCUAUGGCCCUCUUGGUUGCAUGACGAUCAGUUUGGAUUUCUACCACAAGGAGAACAGACCGCUGAACAGGUUGCCCAAGACGCGGGAGCAGGUCAACACGAAGUUCAAGCUGUUCACUCGUAACAACCUGUUACAAGGUGACGUCCUAUCCUGGUCGUCCACUGAACAAGACAUCAAGCUAUCUCACUUUCAACCUACGCGACCCACAAAGCUCAUCACGCACGGUUGGAUCGACAAUAUCGACCUCACUGAUUGGAUGGUUAAAAUGAAGGACGCCUACCUAGCGAAGGACGACUGCAAUGUCGUACUGGUCGACUGGAAAGCUGGAACGCUUCAUUCAUAUGUCCAAGCAGUGGCCAACACGAGACUAGUUGGAGCAGAAAUCGCCCUGUUUGUCAACAAGUUGAAAAACGCUACGGGAGCCGAUCCAAAGACAUUCCACGCCAUUGGACACAGCCUUGGAGCACACGUUAUGGGUUACGCUGGGGAACGAAUCAACAGGCUAGGUCGUAUCACAGGGCUAGACCCAGCUGAACCUAAUUUCCAGAAAAUGCCUCCAUCGGUACGAAUCGAUCCAACGGACGGCGAGUUUGUGGAUAUCAUCCAUACUGACGGCACUGAGUAUUCAGAAUCUCCGCGUCAGUUCUUCGGCUUGGGAAUGAUGGACCCGACUGGACACGUAGACUUCUAUCCGAACGGUGGACAAGAAAUGCCCGGAUGCGGCAUGACCAACAGAUUCUUCAGUGUACUUACUGAUGGGCUUAUCAAAGGUAUACGCGAAAUCGUCAGCUGCAACCACCAACGAGCCGAGAUGUACAUGCUGGAUUCCAUCAUAAACCCCGAUUGCCUGCCCUUGGGGUUCGAGUGCUCGUCGUACGACGCAUUCCUCAAAGGCCAUUGCACAAACUGCUGGACGGACGGUUCUGCCUGUGCGCCAAUGGGAUACCAUGCGGACGCGUGGAGACGAUUCAGAAACGACACGCGUGUGCGGAAAAUGUACCUGGUCACGAACGCCCACAAGCCUUUCUGUGCUCACCAGUACUUCAUAGCUGUCCAUACCGGUUCAGACAAUGGAACGGCACCUUCCGAUGGUGAUAUCUACCUCACUCUCAAAGGAAGCAAAGGGAAUGCUAAAGUUCGAUUGAAUAAAAAGUCAAUGACGUUUCUGUGCCACGCCAUGUACACCUUCAUCGCACAUACCACGACCGACAUAGGACGUAUAACAGGCAUCAAUUUCUUGUUCGACGGCGGCUUCCUUUCUGGACAGCGGUUUCCGUUGGACUACGUCGAAGUUCGCCCACUUGCAUUCCACCUAUCGUCUCCUAGUCGCACAAGGAAUGAAGACCUCAAAUUUCAAGCAUCAAUGCAAGAAAUUACUUCGGGGAGACAAAUAACACUCCAUCGAUGACUGCUGGCUCCACCGUAGGAAUGUGACGUCUGUUGGUUCAUGUUUCAUUCAUGCACAUUUUAUUCAUACAUACAGGAAUACCUGUGUUAUCUACAUUUUGUUGUUUACAUUGCAUCUCGACAUUAUCAUCUUGUAUUCAUUAUGUAUGUAACUUACUGUAUAUCCCCUGAAUCCACCGCAAUUCUUUGCCAGAAAGCUCCUCUAGGAUCAAAUUUCACUUUGUCCAGUCAACUUUCACGACUUGAAGUCAGUAACUACCACUAUUGUACCAUGAAGUAACUAUUGUAAAACUUAUAUUUCAGUCAUCAUAAUACACUCAUUGGAUCCAGGUAAUAGAUAAUAUAGUGUUGUGCUCUGUCCACACAUCGACGUGCGCGGUCUCGCUCAAUACAUUUUGUUGCCGGGUUGUUUCACAAUAGUAGCUGUACCAUGAAGAGAGCACUGACAUAAAAGGUGAUGCUGAAGAAGUGAUAAUUUUGUCUGCUGUUGCUAUGUUCAUAGUUGUUGCCUUUUGUUUUCAAAUGCAUGAUUCUGGAAAACAAAUAUAAUUAUCUUCAUGGAAUAGUCUAGAUAUCUUUUGCAUCAGCACUGCAUGUAAAUUGUUACAAGAGAAGAGACAGCAUAGAUGUAUAACAGCAUUUUUAUUUUCGUUCCAUAUGAGGCAGACAAGCCAGGCACCAACCUUUAUAAUUAUCCAAAGAAACAGCGUCCUUCAACAGCAUCCAUCAUACCUAACGUGAUAUGCAUGCAGCAAAACAGAGGACACAAUGUUUCUUGUGGUACAUAUCCCAACAAAAUGAAAACCUCGAUACAAAACAAUAGAAAACAAUGAUAAACUUGUUCUUUCUGUAUUCCAUUUGUACUUUUUUUGUGUUGCCUCAGAUUCGUUCACUUGUAUGUCCAAAAAUACAGUAGUUCUAGGAGUUGGGUGCUCAAAAUAUAAACAUGCUUAACUUAUACAAUGCAAAGUUGCACACAUUAGACACUUCAGUUUGAACAACUUACGUUGCUGACACUGCCAGACAUGCAAAACGAAAUGGGCUGAACAUGAAUUUUGCCUGUUUGUGGCACACAAAAAUGCACAUCGUGAGAUUCGGCUGCAGUUUAUCCUGAGGAGCCACGUUUGCUGAAAUUUGUCCAGAUCUUUCCUCGGUAACUGACUGUACAAGCAUUUCUGUGGUUCAAACAUAGAAAGCACCCAAUACUCAUUAUGAUACAUGCAAGUAUAUACACAUGCUGGCCACACACAAGCAGAGGCUCUCACUUGGACAAAAAUCCAUUCAUAGGUCCCCCUGAGCGCAAAUGAAAACCUAUACAGUCAAAUUCCUUUAUAGCGAACACCUUUUUAACGAAAAUACCACUACAGCAAAUUUUUUUGCGGUCCCGCUGGAGCCCUAUAGGCCCAAUAAUGGGCAUCCUUCUUAACGAUAAUACCUUUACUGCGAAUUUUUUUUGCUGUCCCCUGAGUUUCGUUGUAAAGGAGUUUGACUGUAUAUCUAUUUAAAUAGGCCUGUGAGAAUCGAAGUAUUUUAUCGAAUCAAAUGGUGAAACCACAUAUGAUUAACAGGAACUGAUGUUAAGCAUAACACAAAUAGUCACUUUGCGAGCAUAAAGAAACAGCGUAGUGACAUGUCUUAUGACUGCAGUAUUGUAUGUACUGCAGCAUUUUGAA